CAUGGCGGCCAUGAAGCAUUGGACCUUUACGUAACACAAAUUUGACAGUUUUUUUUGCAUGCCAUUUUGGUGAAUUAAUCCAAGUCAAACGGAGAAACCUUAAGUAGCUUUCAAUGUAAUCAGCUUCUUUCUCCUUUCGAGAAAAAAAUCCAAAAGUUCCUUAUUUUAGUGUGCUGAUCACAAGACUCUUCUGAGCUACGGAGAAAACUGUCUCGAUCGGUGAACUUUCUAAAAUACAGCAGCUUUAAAUCAGAACAAAGUCAGGUUAGUUGACGAACCUAAUACACAGAGGCGAAGAUAAAAUGACAGAUUGCAGCGAUCUGGACAGACAAAUUGACAAGCUGAGGCGAUGCGAACUUAUUACAGAGAAAGAAGUGAAGCAGUUGUGUGCUAAAGCAAGGGAAAUCCUGGUUGAAGAAUCGAAUGUCCAAAGGGUGGACUCUCCAGUCACUGUAUGUGGUGACAUUCAUGGACAAUUUUAUGACUUAAAAGAACUUUUUAAGGUUGGAGGUGAUGUGCCAGACACAAAUUACCUUUUUAUGGGAGACUUUGUGGACAGAGGAUUUUACAGUGUAGAAACAUUUCUAUUACUUUUAGCUUUAAAGGUACGAUAUCCUGACAGAAUAACAUUAAUCAGAGGAAACCAUGAGAGUAGGCAGAUAACACAGGUUUAUGGGUUCUAUGAUGAAUGCUUAAAGAAGUAUGGCUCAAUAACAGUGUGGAGAUAUUGCACAGAAAUAUUUGACUAUCUUAGUUUGUCUGCAAUCAUUGAUGAUAGGAUUUUUUGUGUUCAUGGUGGUCUUUCUCCAUCCAUUACUACCUUAGAUCAGAUAAGGGCGAUUGACCGCAAGCAGGAAGUACCACAUGAUGGCCCCAUGUGUGAUUUGCUUUGGUCAGACCCAGAAGAUACACAAGGUUGGGGAGUAAGUCCUAGAGGUGCUGGAUAUCUGUUUGGCAGUGAUGUUGUCACUCAGUUUAAUGCAGCAAAUGACAUUGACUUGAUCUGUCGAGCUCAUCAGCUGGUGAUGGAAGGAUACAAGUGGCAUUUUAAUGAGACAGUCCUCACUGUUUGGUCAGCGCCAAACUAUUGCUACAGGUGUGGGAAUGUUGCAGCAAUAUUAGAACUGGAUGAGCAUUUAAAAAGAGAAUUCACAAUAUUUGAAGCAGCUCCUCAGGAGGUGAGAGGUAUGCCAACCAUUGCCAAAAAGCCUCAACCCGACUAUUUUCUCUGAAGCUGUUUGUUUCUACUACAGCUGAUCGACUGUGAACUACACCAUAUAUAAUGAUUGGCAGGAACAGUAAUUUUAUAUCAGUCUUGUAUAUCAGUCACAUAUGUUAGAGGAUUAAUUUAUUGAAAUAAUUACUCAAUUUUUGUUUGCUCAUACUUCUGGAGUUAACAUAGAAUUGUAUGUGGAGUAAAUUAUAUGACAGCUAUCUUUGUAUUUCUCAUGGAGAACUGAGCACAGAAUCCAACCCUUUCACUCCCAAGAUGUAUAUACCAAUUCUCCAAACUGUUUGCCAUACCUUGCCUGCCUAUAAUCUUUGUGAGAUAAACUAACAUCCCCUUGUUGCUGAUUUUUUCUUUAAUUCUUGUCACUGUUCUGCCUGAAAAUGUCCUUACAAUGUAGGGACAGAUUCAAAUCAGUUUUUUUUUUCUUGGGAGUGCAAGGGUGUAACUCUCAGAGCCUGUUGAACAGAUCAGAAAGGAAUCAAAGCAGACCUUUGAGAAUACUGGUGUCAUUCAACUGCGUAGAAACAUAGCUUAAUGUAGUUUACCAUGGGAUAAAAUCACUGUUCUCUUAAGUUAUCUUAAAUUUACUGUUAGGGUAUGAUCCUCAAUAGUUUAACUUAGUUAUUGGGAUUUUGGAAAACUUGAGUAGGUAUUACCUAAUAAUUUAACCACAACUGUCAAGUGGGGAAUUCAGCAUGUAGCUGUUAACUUUCAGAUCAAUAUUUAAACCAAGUUCAAAGCUUGUUAAUUUAGGUUUUCUAGGAAAUGGUUCCUUUAUUUGGUGGGAAACAGCCUUUGGAGGUGAAACUAUGGUGCCUUUCUGUGAAUAUAUUAUUUACUACUCUAAAAUUUAACUUCAGUUUCUUCUUUGUUUACUUCAUGAAAAAUGAAGUGCAACUUCUGUAAUAACCAUUUCCCAUUACAAGUUUUAAAUGUGAUCCAAAAGUGUUUGUGAUGAAGAAAGUCCAAGCAAGUUAAAUGUGUUGAUGUGAAUAACAUGAAUAAACUUGUGUUAUGGGCAUGUUGGUCACACAAGCGCAAUUUGUUAAAGUCUUUUGAUAAAGUGUGCUCAUAGACUGAGUGGGAGGGUUGGAAGUUAAAUUUUUAGAAAAUUUGUCAUGAUAUAAAAACAAGUGUAGGGGGGUGUACUUCAUGGCCAAGAUUGAAAUAAAUCUUGUCUCCCCAAACAUAACUCAGUCAAUAAGCAUAUUAACUGCUGCUCUUUCUCUUUCUUCUUUCUGUCAGCAUCUCAUGGGGCUGUACACCUUUUUUUGGCCUUUCUCAUGCUAUUGUGUAUGGUCCUUUAAUGGGGAUUUUUGUCUAGGGUUUUUCAAGGAAAACACCUCGGGAAGUAGUGUGGAUAUGAUAAAUGGUAAAACCAGUUAAUUUUGAGCUAAUUUUCUCUUGUUUAUUAAUCCAAGGGCCGUUUUCUUCUUAGCUUCCUGAGCAUGGCAAUGAUUUAAAUAUUACAUGAGAAUUGUGUGAAUCAAUGUUCAUGCCUAAACUGUUAAUUAAUCACAUUAAUUUUGUGCUGAUCAUCAUCACUGUAGCCAGGCCUGUCAAGUUUCCUUAUUAUGAGAAGAGUUUUAGAAUUAUUCAUGUUGUAAUUUACUGUAAACUAUAUCAUUUACAUCUAUAAAAUCUUUUA